CUCUCGCCGGCCGCGGGCCGCGCGCCAGCCAGCCUCCCCGCCGAGCCCCUGGGCCGGGCACCCCCGGGAAUGUGAGCUGCAUGCCCCUCCCGCCAUGGACGCAUCAUAUGAUGGUACUGAGGUAACCGUUGUGAUGGAGGAAAUUGAGGAAGCCUACUGUUUUGCCUCCCCUGGGCCACCCAAGAAGAAGAAAAAGUAUAAAAUAAAUGGAGAAAAGGCCAAGAAACCCAGGUCGGCGUACCUGCUGUACUAUUACGACAUCUACUUGAAAGUGCAGCAAGAGCUCCCACACCUCCCUCAGUCUGAGAUCAACAAGAAGAUCAGUGAGAGCUGGAGGCUUCUCAGCGUGGCCGAGAAGAGCUAUUACUUGGAGAAAGCCAAGCUAGAGAAAGAAGGCUUGGAUCCUAAUUCUAAGCUCUCUGCGCUGACUGCUGUGGUUCCGGACAUCCCAGGUUUCCGCAAGAUCCUCCCCCGCUCAGAUUACAUCAUCAUCCCCAAGAGCAGCCUGCAGGAGGACCGGAGCUGCCCGCAGCUAGAGAUGUGUGUGGCUCAGAACCAGAUGUCCCCUAAAGGACCUUCUCUUGUGUCCAACACUGCCCCAGAGGCAGUGCCCAGCCAUGCAGGUGUGGCAGAGCAGUGCCUGGCUGUGGAGGCCCUGACUGAGGAGGCGGGAGCCCUUGCCCAGCCUGGUGCAGUUCAGGAGAUCGCCACCUCAGAGAUCCUCAGCCAGGAUGUGCUACUAGAGGAGGCUUCCCUGGAGGUCGGGGAGAGUCAUCAGCCCUACCAGACCAGCCUGGUCAUUGAAGAGACCUUAGUGAGCAGCUCCCCGGAUCUCCCCACUGGAAGCCUGGCUGUGCCCCAUCCCCACGUUGGGGAGAGUGUGUCAGUGGUGACAGUCGUGAGGGAUUCCGGUGAGAGCAGCUCCCCUGCACCAGCUGCACAGUUCAUCAUGUUGCCUCUGCCUGCCUACUCGGUUGUGGAGAACCCCACCUCUAUCAAACUGACCACUACGUACACCCGCCGGGGCCAUGGGACCUGCACCAGCCCAGGUUGCUCCUUUACAUACGUCACCAGGCACAAACCACCUAAGUGCCCUACCUGUGGUAACUUCCUAGGAGGGAAGUGGAUCCCAAAGGAAAAGCCAGCCAAAGUAAAAGUGGACUUGGCUUCUGGUGUCUCCUCCAAAGGCUCUGUGGUUAAAAGAAAUCAGCAGCCUGUCACCACUGAGCAAAAUUCCUCUAAGGAAAAUGCCUCCAAGCUGACUCUGGAGAAUUCGGAAGCGGUGAGCCAACUCCUGAGUGUUGCUCCUUCAAGAGAAGUAGGUGAGGAGAAUGAGUGGGAGGAAGUGGUUGUCUCCGAUGCCCAUGCUCUGGUCAAGGACACUCCUGGGAAUCGUGGUACAGCAGUCACUAAGACGCAGGUCGUCAAGAGUGGUGUGCAGCUUGAGGUCACUCUGGGGACAACUGAGAAUGACAGUCCUGGGGCAGACAUACCACCACCAGCCGAGGGGACCAGCACCUCCAGUCCACUCCCUGCUCCUAAAAAAGCUACAGGAGUUGACCUGCUCGCCCCAGGGCCCAGAGCUUCAGAGCUUAAAGGCAGAGCACGGGGCAAGCCCUCCUUAUUGGCUGCGGCAAGACCCAUGAGAGCAAUUCUGCCAGCCCCGGUUAAUGUGGGGCGAGGCAGCAGCAUGGGACUGCCCAGGGCCAGGCAGGCCUUUUCCCUGAAUGAUAAGACUCCCUCUGUAAGGACUUGUGGCCUGAAGCCAAGCACACUGAGGCAGCUGGGCCAGCCCAUUCAGCAGCCUUGUGGCACUGGUGAGGUGAAGCUACCCAGUGGCCCGGCCAACAGGACAUCUCAGGUGAAAGUUGUAGAGGUCAAGCCCGAUAUGUUUCCUUCAUAUAAGUACAGCUGCACUGUCACACUGGACUUGGGCCUGGCUACAUCGAGAGGCCGGGGAAAGUGUAAAAACCCCUCUUGUAGCUAUGUCUACACCAACCGGCACAAACCUCGGAUUUGUCCCAGCUGUGGUUUCAACCUUACCAAAGACCGGACUGAGAAAACCACCAAAGCUGUCGAGGCGAGUUCACCACUCCCAGAUAUGCUGAAUGUCACAGAGCCCCUGAGUGCAGCCCAGAGGGAGAUCCAGCGCCAGUCCACGCUGCAGCUGCUGCGCAAGGUCCUGCAGAUUCCUGAGAACGAGUCAGAACUGGCCGAGGUCUUUGCCCUGAUUCAUGAGCUCAACAGCUCUCGACUUAUCCUGUCCAACGUGAGUGAGGAAACAGUCACCAUCGAGCAGACCUCGUGGUCGAAUUAUUACGAGUCUCCAUCCAUGCAGUGCCUUCUCUGUAGCAGCCCACUAUUCAAAGGGGGACAAAACUCCCUGGCUGGGCCCCAGGAGUGCUGGCUGCUGACCGCCAGUCGGCUACAAACAGUGACUGCCCAAGUGAAGAUGUGUCUGAACCCUCAUUGCCUGGCCCUGCACAGCUUCAUGGACAUCUACACAGGUCUCUUUAACGUGGGGAAUAAGCUGCUGGUGAGCCUGGACUUGCUUUUUGCAAUCCGAAACCAGAUCAAGCUGGGGGAGGACCCCAGAGUGUCUGUCCAUGUGGUUCUGAAGUCGGUACAGGAGCAGACAGAGAAGACACUGGCACCGGAGGAGCUGCGCCAGCUGCAGGAACUGCUGAGCAACGGCUACUGGGCUUUUGAGUGCCUCACAGUCCGGGACUACAAUGACAUGAUCUGUGGCAUCUGUGGUGUGGCCCCCAAAGUGGAGAUGGCGCAGAGGAGUGAGGAGAAUGUGCUGGCGCUGAAGAGCGUGGAGUUCACCUGGCCUGAAUACUUGGCUUCCAGCGAGGUCAACGUGGAGGACUUCUGGGCCACGAUGGAGACAGAGGUGAUUGAGCAGGUGGCAUUCCCUGCCAGCAUCCCCAUCACCAAGUUUGAUGCCUCUGUGAUUGCCCCCUUCUUUCCACCACUUAUGAGAGGAGCUGUGGUCGUCAACACCGAGAAAGACAAAAACCCAGAUGCACGACCAGUGCCUGGCAGUGGCAGUGUCUUGGUGAGGCUGCUCCAGGAGGGCGCCUGCAGGCUGGAGGAGAUUGGCUCCUACGGUGAGGAGGAGCUACAGCACCUACUAAGGCAGUGUGGUGUCCCCUUCCGGGUGGAAGACUCCAAGGAUCAGCUCUGCUUAUCCUUACUGGCCCUCUACGAGUCUGUACAGAAUGGAGCCAGGUCCAGACAGCCCCCACCUCAUUUCACAGGUGGUAAAGUCUACAAGGUGUGCCCCCAUCAGGUGGUCUGUGGCUCCAAGUACCUCGUGCGGGGUGAGAGUGCUCGUGACCACGUGGACCUGCUAGCCUCCUCCCGCCACUGGCCACCUAUCUAUGUGGUGGAUAUGGCCACACCAGUGGCCCUGUGUGCAGACCUCUGCUACCCAGAGCUGACCAGCCAGAUGUGGGGGCGGAACCAGGGCUGUUUCUCCAGCCCCACGGAGCCACCCGUGAGCGUGUCCUGCCCUGAGCUCUUGGAGCAGCAUUAUGCUGUGGAUAUGACGGAGGCUGAACCCUCUGUCCAGCACCCCGUCACCAGGACUGCUACACGGCGUGUCGUUCAUGCUGGCACACAGCCCAAUCCCAGGGACCCCAGCGCUGGGCACCGCUCCUUGGCCCUGUGCCCCGAGCUGGCUCCCUACACAGCCAUCGUGGCCUCCCUUGUGGACAGCAAACCAAACAGCAUCCGCCAGCGGCCCAUCGCCUUUGACAACGCCACCCACUAUUACCUCUACAACCGCCUCGUGGACUUCCUCACUAGCCGCGAGAUCGUCAACCGGCAGAUCCAUGACAUUGUGCAGAGCUGCCAGCCCGGAGAGGUGGUCAUCCGGGAUACCCUCUACCGCCUUGGGGUUGCCCAGAUCAAGACGGAGACGGGGGAGGAGGAUGAGGAUGUGGUUGCAGGGCCAGAGUAAGCCCGGCUACCGUGCGGGACUGCACCGUCUCAAGCCAUAGUAAGGCCCCUGCCCGAGGCAGAUCUGCCCAGGGGACCGACCUGUGGAAGGUCACCUGUGGGGAGGCCUCUGACUGCUGGGACUGACCAAAGAGCUUCCAUUUCCUGAGCACGGUGGGGCCUGGGGUCUGCAGCUCUCAGCCCUCCAGAUCAGGGUGAUGCCAGCAAGCCUCCUGGCCUGAGAGAGCACUGGGGGGAUGUGGUGUGUUUUGAGGCAGAGGGAAAGGCUGGUUGGCCUCCCUGGAGCCUGUCGCGGGUUGGGGGAACACCGCAGGUGGCCCAAGGCAGGGGGCCCGAGUCCGGAAGGCUGCUGAGGCCUCUUCUGCCCCGGGAGAGCCAGCCUCUUGAAUUCCUUAGCCUGUUGCCUUUGGGGCCUUGGCCUCAUGAGCUCCAGGGCUCCCUCUGGGGAUUCCCCCACGAGGGCGGGGUGCGUCUGUCUCCUGCAGCCGCAGCUGGGAGCUGAGGAGGAAGGACCCGGCAGCCACACUCUCCUGGUCUGCCCUCUGCCCGAGCACAAAGGAAGAACCCCUUCCUCUUGUCCCGGCUACUGCUGCUGCACCCAGCAUCCUUCCUGGGCCUGGACGCCUCUCCACAGAGGGGGUGUGGCCAUGGCCAUGACGUGACCUGGCAUCAGUAGGAAAAACUCCCUUCUGUGAAGGGGAAGCAGACCGGGCCAUAAGGAAACAGCCGGGCUGGCCCGUGUGCCCUCGUCUGCUCGGGACCCGGAAAUGGCCGUGUGCUGUUUAAUUUAUUGAGAGGAGUGGAGCAGGUGGCUUUCUUCCCCUCCCUCUCCCCUCGAUGAGAAGAAAGUUUAUUAAAUUAUCUGGUUUUGGUGAA